AUGGGUCUUUGCAAGUGUCCCAAGCGGCAGGUAACGACGCAAUUUUGCUUCGAACAUCGGGUGAACGUAUGCGAAAACUGUAUGGUAGUGAACCACACGAAGUGCACCGUACAGUCAUACAUCCAGUGGUUGAAGGAUAGCGAUUUCGACACCAACUGCACCCUUUGUGGCAGUCCACGCGACAGUGACGAUUGCGUCCGACUCAUAUGCUACCAUGUCUUUCACUGGAAGUGUCUCAAUGCCCGCCAGCAAAUGCUACCCCCAAAUACGGCCCCCGGUGGCCAUACCUGUCCGAUCUGCAGCGAACCAUUGUUUCCGCCCAGCAAUCUGGUGUCGCCGGUAGCGGACGUGCUGCGUGUACGACUCGGCCAGGUGAACUGGGGCCGGAAUGAGCUUGGCUUACCGUUGAUUAUGGAUGAGAAGCAUCCGGACGCAUUAUCGAACCCGUCAGUGGAGCUGAUGGCAAAUCAGCGGCAAAUGGCGACGGGAUACAGUGACGUGCACGGGAUGGCGGUGACCCAAAAUCGGGUAAUGGGUAUUGGUAGCAACAGCACGAACCAUGCUUCUUCGUCUAGCAAAGAGCGUCCCGAAACACCCCAUUCGGUGCUAAAUCUCGAUCCAUAUGUUAAUAUUGCAAACAGCCGUCGAACGACAUUGCUCGCCCGUGAACCACCGAUUGGUGGAUCGGAUCGGGACGACAACAAGUACAAGCGGCGCACGCCGAAGGAAAUAUUUUCCCGCUGGUCCCGCCGGCUUUACGCACCUUCUGCGCGGCCCGUUUGGCGAAAGACGUGGUUUUUGGUUGCGACGGGACUGCUGGGCUUUGUGUGUAUCGUGUACGUGAUGGCAACGAUUAGUCGGGGUGGUGAGGACGAACAGAGUGGUGGUGGUGUUGACCGGGAGCUGGGUGGUUUCAUUCCGAAUCGGAAUCUGCCGCACGCCGAAGAGUGACCAUUUCCGGUCGGGUA